UUCAAAAACCAUCAACUCGCAGAAGCCUCUCAGCUUCUGAUACAGCGUAAAGUUAAAACAGGCAACGUUUUGCAAACAUUGUUCGAGAGUUAGCUACGAAGUGAAAAAGUUUGGCCGGCAUCAAGAUGAAUUCAAGCACAUACAACAGCAGCAUUGUGAUUUUCUUCGGCACUCUGGCUAUGCUGAUGAUGACAGCCGCCGCAGCACCUAUGGAGUCAGAUGAACAAUCAGAAAACACGUUGGUGGGCCGGCCUGAAGACGCAGCAGACCUCUCUGCACCCUGGGAGGCGCUCAACAGCGCUGCACUUCGCAAGUUAUUACUGCAACUGGAUGCUGAUGACAGAUUCGCUAUGGCUCCUCGCGUAGGCCGCUCGUGGCCACAAACAGAGUCACGCGGCUGGGGACUGCGCUCCAUGGACGGGCGGCUCGCCCGGCAGUGGCGCGCCGACAAGAGGCAAGUCCGCUUCCGGCAAUGCUACUUCAACCCUAUCUCCUGCUUCCGCAAGUGAACUGACGUACAUUAUACGACGCCCCCAUUAUAUAGCCCCAAUUAAUUGUUACAAUUCGUGUUUACUACGAGAAAUUCCUACACUGUUUUGGACGUAUAUAUUAAUUGAAUAGAGAGUCGAGUGACCAAAAAUGGAAUAUGACACACAGACUAUACUAAUAAUUGUACUUUCUACUAAUCUGCUUAGCCAAAUAAAUCUGUAUGGUAGGUACGUACAAUUUGGUGUAUCGCCCACCAUUUCUCCCGCUGUUAAACAAACAGGAAAAACGAGGAAGCAAUAGGUACACACCACCACAAUACAACAAGACCUUUCAAAACAUCCUCGGGAGAUGUUGACUCUAUUGUAGACUCUAGUGUACCUACUAUGUAUCAGUUAGUUAACGCCUACUUCACGAUCCAAUAUUUUGAAUGGUGUUCAAUUACGGAGUACCUAUCUGGUUUUCUGCAAUCUUAAAUCGUGAUAUUCCAUUUUAGGGAUGGGUAUUGAGUAGGUACCUAUUAAUUUUAUCCAUAUUUGGUCACUUUCUUUUAUGAUGUAAAUAAUAAAAUAUAAGAAUUAAUCUAUUAAAGGCUAGCGAAUAUUUACGUAGCUUGCACCGCAACUUAAAAAAAUCCUCCUACUACUUACUUAUGUAGAUUUAUAGCUCGUUCACACAGGCUGCGUAAGCGUAGACGUAGCGCGUCCCAUUGCGUUGUAAUGUAUGGAACUGUAUGAAACA